AUGCCACGCAGAGUCUCGUCCCCAGUGGCUUUGUCGCGAGUAGCGUACCGGCUGAAGAAAUCAGCAGCCGUCGAGGCGAAACCGACCAAUAGUGCUUCCCGAUCACCUGUGCCUCCUCAACCGACCCAGAGCAGUGGAGUGGCCUCUGACCUGCCGAAAUGGAAAUCCCUCUUGGGGAGGGUACAAUGGGGGACGCUCAGAGCCAUCGUGACUACACCCUACAACUACGACAAGAUGACCAAAGUUCAGGCUGAGGUUCUUGGGCAGCUUCCCAAGCUCAUCGCUCUCCCUGAUCCUGAUGACCCCAAUCCCCCAACUCGCGACUUACUUGUUCGCUCAAGAACAGGUACGGGGAAAACUCUCGCUUUUUUAGUUCCAGCCGUCGAGGCUCGGUUGGCGGCCAUCAAUCGUGCUGUGAAACAAGCAUUGAUCGAUGCUGGCCUCAAAUGUGACGCGGAAUUGGAAGGUCGGGCGCGAAGAGCGUUUGUCCGCCAGCAUGCUGGCGCGCUGAUCAUUAGCCCCACCCGCGAACUAGCCAUCCACAUCGCUGACGAAGCUGUCAAAUUGACUCGCCAUCACCCUGGCCUCGAAGUUCGGUUAUUCGUAGGAGGCAUGAGCAAACGGCACCAAAUGCGUGAAUGGAUGAGAGACCGUAGGGACAUUGUUGUAGGCACGCCCGGGCGACUACGCGAUGUGCUGCAGAGCGAACCAGAGGUCGCGCGCGGUCUAGCGAAUACACCCUUGCUCAUUCUCGACGAUGCAGACUCCUUGAUAAACCCAGAGUUCCGUGAAGACAUAGAAUCUAUCAAGAAGUUCCUUCCUUCUUCACCUGAGCGUCAGACGUUCCUUUUCUCGGCCACAGUUUCCCCUGCAGUUCGGCAAAUGUCAAAGUCGUUCCUCUCAGACAACCACGCAAUCAUCAAUUGCGUCUCCGGCUCAGACCCAUCCCCCGUUCACGCUCACAUACCUCAGUAUCACACCGUCCUCCCCACAGCAGCACAUCAAAUUCCCUCGGUCUUACGACUCCUCGCUCACGAUCAACUCACCAAUCCAGGAUCGUCCAAAGUGAUCAUCUUCUUUCCUACGACAAAAAUGACCGUGAUGUUCGCCGAUAUACUACGCGAUAUUGCUCGCCAAUGCCUUCCAGCCGUGCGCAACGUCCGUGUCUACGAACUACAUUCGGGGCGCGCUCAAGAUGCUCGGACACUUACCUCUCAUGCGUUUAGGGCUGACACAUCUGGUGCAUCGAUUCUCGUCACGUCGGAUGUGUCUGCUCGUGGAGUAGAGUAUCCUGGUGUAACGCGUGUUAUCCAAGUCGGUAUGCCGGCGGGCGCUGAGCAAUAUACUCAUCGAGUGGACCGGACGGGUCAUGCUGGGCGUAGCGACCUCGUCCUUCUUCCCUGGGAAGUCAGUUUCGUCACUUGGCAACUUUCGAAAGUGCCUCUGAAACCGCUCACCGUCAGCGAACUUAAAGCCGAAGUAACUGAGCUCGCCGCCAAACACGAUGCAAACCCUCGUGCCUACGUGCAUGGCUUAGACAUCUUUCGCAGGUUCUUCCCAACCCGGCUUGUCCCCAUUCUGGCCACUAUCGAUCGCACUAUUUCUGAUCUUUUGGCGAAAAUGGAUCCGAGGGAUAUCAAGCAGACCUUCGCAUCGCUCCUUGGAUUCUAUGCGGAGAAUGCGCGAGAGCUGCGGGUAAGGAAGAGCGAAAUUCUGGAGGGUUGUAAGGACUGGGCUGUUGAUGCCAUGGGCCUUUCAUACCCUCCUCAUAUCAAUCCGACGAUGUUGGAUCGCCUUGGCUUCACGAAUCGCGAUGACUCCGAACCCUCAAGCAGGAGCAAUUCCCGAGACUUAUCCACGUCCCCUAGCUCGUCUUCCUCUUCAUACUCUCGCCCAUCCCCCUCGCCGUACUCCCGCCCCGUUCGGGAAGAUCGAGGACAUGUUCGAAACAGCCAAGGCGGUCAUAGCUCGUAUCGUAGUCACAAACCAUCUCGUACUUCCGAUUACAGCGACACGCAGGAUCGUAGCAAGCCCCGUAAUUUCGACUCGGACUCCUGUGACUAUCAAGGACGUCGGAGUCCCCGUAGCUAUGACCCGGACGAUACUGGAGGCUAUCGCAGUCCUCACGUAGGCCAGGGUUCACGGAGUGGUUGGGGAGCUAGAAGUGAGGAGUGA